AUGACAAUCACGAGAAAUCGGCUGCGGAUUCUUUGUCUUCAUGGAUAUCGUCAAAACGACGUGCUAUUCCGUGAAAAAACUGGGAGUUUAAGGAAACAGUUCAAGAAAUAUGCUGAUUUCGAGUUCAUCAGCGCCCCACUGGUGCCAAAUGUCGAAUCAGAAGAGCGAGGAGACGUACGAGGCUGGUGGUUCUCACGUGAAAACGAUCAGUUCAGCUCCAGGGACGUCUGCUCCAUAGCUACCGGAUUUGAGAAGUCAGUGAGUAUUUAG